CCUCUCAUUAUUGCUACCGGCGAUGGAGGGUUGCCACCGUAAAGUUCAACAUCCGAUUCCGACAGUUUGGAUUUUUCUUUUCUUUUCUUUCUUUUUCACCACCCUUUUCCUCCAAGUCAUUCCACUCGCCAUUCGCCAACCAAAAAAGUCUUUACCGACAACCCAAAAAAAAAAAAAGGAAACAGCUGCGUACUAGUAGCUAAGCGAGUUUUUGCUUCCCAUUCGUGAGCUGUAAAAUUCUGACACACUCACACACACACACACACACACUCUCUCUCUCUCACAGGCAGUGCUUUUUUCUGGAAAACCCUUUUAGCCUCUGCAAUAAUUUCAGAGGAAAGGGGGAAGAUUCAGAGUUGAGAAGGAUGGCGACGUUUGCAGGGACGACGGAGAAGUGCAAGGCUUGCGAGAAGACGGUGUACUUGGUGGAUCAGCUUGCCGCCGACAAUAAAGUCUAUCACAAAGCUUGCUUCCGCUGCCACCAUUGCAAAGGCACCCUCAAGCUGAGUAACUAUUCCUCCUUUGAGGGUGUCUUGUAUUGCAAGCCACACUUCGAUCAGCUAUUCAAGAUGACCGGCAGUUUGGAUAAAAGCUUCGAAGGUAGUAUUAAUUGUUCGGAUCAUUAUUGCUUUUCAUCACGUACACAGAGCAGCAGCAAAAUCUCAAGUAUGUUUGCUGGUACACAAGACAAGUGUGUCGCUUGCAAGAAAACUGUUUAUCCGCUUGAAAAGGUGGCAGUAGAUGGCACAUCAUAUCACAAGGCGUGCUUCAGGUGCACCCAUGGCGGCUGUGUAAUCAGUCCUUCAAACUAUGUGGCCCACGAUCAGCGCCUCUAUUGCAGACACCACCACACCCAGCUCUUCAAGGAGAAGGGCAACUUCAGCCAACUUAGCAAGCAUGAUAAUGGCAAACCGCUGGCUGGAACAGAUUCAGCUGCUGCAUCUGAAUGAUAGAUACUGUAAGGUUUUUAUCGUUGCCCAAAAACAAGUCUCAAAUGUCUGGUUUGCCUUUGGAAUCCAUACCGGACAAGAAGGGCGAAAAGUGAGGAUGAACAGAACUGUUGAAACUCGGUAAUGCAGAAGAGUUCUUUUAAUGGUGAUAUGCAGAAUAUGUUAUUUUCCUGUUUGUCUGCAGGAUCUUGUUUUCUGAGUGUGAGGUGUUUCUGUGACUGUAUGGAUAGACCAUUGGUUUAUCCAGAAAGGUUUUUGGACUUUGGUUAUUUGGUUAUCAAUUCGGUUUGCUGCCA